AUUCAUACCACAACAUCUAGAGACCAAAUCAUGCAAGGCCUUCAAACACAAGACGAGUUUGAGCAAUGGAAAUUGGAAAAGAGGAAAAUCAAAGUUUUUCUUUUGUCCUAAACUUCCUUGCUCAGUUUUUCAGUCCUAAACUUCCUUGCUCAGGUUUUCAUUCCCAAUCUUGAAGGUGCCUUCAGCAACAUCCUGAGGGUGCCUUCACCAACAGCCUGAGGGUGCCUUCACCAAAAAAUGGCACUGACACCGGUUGGCGCCCUGCUCGCCAAUGCGGAGUUGGAUGAUGAGGCCGGAACCUUUCUCUCCGCACUGAGGCUCGAUCCGAAGCAGGCCAGCAAAGCACGAGCGCGAGAGGAGCUACUCGAUAGCCUGCCGAAUCAUGCAGGUUCGAAGAUUCUCACGGUGCACACUGAGUUACAAAAAUAUGGAAACAUCACUAGUAAAGUGAGCUCCAAAAAUAUGAAAAAAUGACUACAGUUAUCUCCAAAAAUAUGGAAACAUGACUUAGAACGAUGGAGUCCGAGAUACAUAUGUCUACUUCCAGAUCGUAUAAUGACUGUGGACUAUUUUGAGACUCGUGCUUACUCUUUGUCUUUCUAGUUAGGUUCUUUCCCGUGGUCGAGUUCUAGUGAUCGAGUUCUAGUUUUUUCGUUGGUUUGUACCCUUGAAGGAGCGAAUAGCUCAGUCUCUUUGUCUCGAACCAAAAUGGUAAGUAUUUUCAAAUUGCUUCAAAAUCUACUACAAAGAUGCUCCUACUUAUUCUUGGCAGACUAAGAUCUUAUACCAUAGCACAGCUACACACAGAACAGAGGACCACAUUAUUGAAUUUCAAGAAGAUAUUUGGUCUGUUCUUUACAGAGAAGAGAGACGUCUUUUCUUCAAUGAAAAUUCACACUGCUGCCCUUUUCAUUCCAAGCUUGCAGACACGCUGGACGACCGAGUCGGGUCAUUGCUCGAUGCCCAUGAAAGAGAUUUUUUCUUGGCCUACAAAACGCAUAUGGUUUCAGUGCAGAAGGAGUUCAAUUCCCUGAAGCUAAAGGCCGAUGAGCACGAAACAAAGAGCAGGAGGCAAGCGAAGAUCCAGUCGCUCGAGAAAGAAUUGAGGUUCUCCGAGAUUUUCAUUGGAACCCUAACGACAUGUAGGAAACUCUCAAAAAGAUUCGUCUAGUACUUGCUACUUGCCACGGAUGACAAAACUCCUAGACUCAGGAUGACUACCAUCUCGUCUAUGUAUCUAUGAAAAUUACGUAUGUAAAUUACGGAUGUAUCUUCCCCCGCACGUCCUCCUUGGGGCGCUCGGCCCGCGCUUCCGGACACACCCCGCGUGAGAACGAAGCAAAGGCGCCCUAUCCUAUCCUAUUCUGUUCUAUCCUAUCCUAUCCCUAUUCUAUUCUAUUCUAUUCUAUCCUAUCCUAUCCUAUCCUAUCCUAUCCUAUCCUAUAUCUUGUCCGUGCGUAGUAUCUUGUUCUGUCCUUUGGUCCCUCCCCUUAUAUCAUGCUCAAACUUUCCCUGACUUUGUGGUCCAAAUCCGGUUUUCUUGCUUCAGCUCUUCAAGCGCUGCACUUUCCCUAUUGAUUCUCUUAUUUCACUGUAACUGCUAACAUACUACUGGUUGUUCCUUUAUCUUCUUAGUUAUGUAAAACUGAAUUACCAGGUGGUUUAUGAAAGAGGCAUUACGGCUGGACGAGCUCUGCAAAAAGUACCUGCAAGAAAUGGAAAGGUGGAAACAGCGCAGUGACCAGCUGGAUGACGACAGGAGUUUUCUUGAGAAUCAAAUCUUAUGAAGGGGAUGUAGAAAGAAGUAGUCUGUAGUGUUCCUUUUUACCCCCUGGAGUGGGUACAUAGUAUGAAAGGGAUGCUCGUUGUACUAGAGAGAAUGUGCUUGCUAUGAAGGGGAUAGACUAUGAAGGGGAUGUUGUAGUAUGAAGGAGAUGGAAAAACUAACUAUGUAGGGGUGGAUGUUGGACUAGGAAGAAAGUGCUUGAAACCUGCUGCUCUAAAUCUGAAGAAAUCGAAAGGGCAGAAUAGGGCAUUGCGGUUAGCAGUUGAGAAGGCACAGCAGCAUGCCUUCGAGGCACUAGCUGCUAGUGGGGCUUCUGCAGCCGCGCUAGAGAACGACCAGGCAGCUGCGCUUGAGGAUGCCUCAUCAGCAGCAAUACUUACGGCUUCAUGAAACUGAAUCAGGUUCAACGCACUGAAGGUUCAAAAACACAAUUUCAGUCUUUGCCAGAUGAUGUGUAGUGUCGCUGGUGUUCUGUUCUUGGCCUCAUGCACUCCCUUGUCUGUCCCAGAAUCCUUUAUGUGCCUGUGAAUCCCUUGUAACUGCUUUGUACAGUAAAUGAUAAUCGGUCAAGAAUAAAGCAAUACUAAGCACAACCCCAACUACUUGGAUCUAAGGUUGAGGAUGCUAGUACUAAGGGUGACGAUAGUGGUGCGCAGUCGGCUCUCGCAGCUCUGAAAGACGAGGAUGAUAGCGGUGUGCUCGACGAUGGCGAGGAAGGCCCCAGGGGACCAGUAGUCCUAGGAGCAUUGCCAGAAAAACAAGCAGAAAGGUAGUUAUUUUUCAGGUCGUGGGACAUCAUCAUGAUCAUUAAAAUGGUCACCAUGGUGGAGGUGGAUCUUAGGAACUUCUUUCCCGCAUUUCUCGCCUCUUCUUUCACGCUUACCGGUUAUAGGUGGGACAUGUUAUAGGUGGGACAUCCUCACUAAUGGUCAUGGUGGAGGUGGAAGUUUUCUAGCAAUCAUUUGACUUCUCCACUUAUAAAUUUUAUCCUUCCUCCACCUGAGUAUUGCAUCCUUUCUCAGAGUUGACCCAUUCAUCCAUUCAUCGCUUCUCCACCAUUUUCCCUGAUUGCACAAGGUAUAGAAAAACGAUCAAGAACCUUCAGCAGCUCUUAGCGGCUGAGAAGCGAAAAGUGCAGAAACUCGAAAUAACAGUUGCAAACACGCCUACACCAGCACCACUAGAAGAAUACUUCGUGCGAUGUACCAUUAUUAAAUUAUUGUAUGAGUUUAUUUGAGGUGAAAUACGUCUACAAUGUGACUCCUUCAUCCCAGUAGAGUACAAUGGGUUUUUGUUCUCCUUCAACACGGUACUAGCACCGAACUCAGUUACUAUUAAAAGACACGACGAUCAAUCACAAUCUUAAUCUCCUAGGGAUUGAUUACUCGAUCUACAUUUUCUGACUGUUACUUUGAUUGCGGGCUACUGGUCACGCUUCUCUCUUCGCAACAGGUAUCCAGGAUGCCAAGGAGGACGUUUUUCAGCGUAGAGCAGGGCAGGGUCGAGCAGCUAUCCCAGCACCAGACCUCGUGGAGUUUACGGACUUCACUAGCUUCGACAAGAGGACGGUGAUCGACUUGUUGUUCCGGAAUCCAGAUUUAAUCCGACUUUUGGAGAAAAAGUUAGAAGAAUUGCAGCAAGGCGCGACGAAGUAGACCACUAACUGAGUAUUUUUGUUUAUAACUACGCACAAGUUGUGACAACAAGAACUCUUCGUAUUUGUGUUGUCUCUGCGGCUUUUUCUUUAAGAUAAAAGUAGGUUUGUCGUUUUGUGCUUAAUCUAGUAUUUUUGUUUCAAUCGAUAACAAUAUGAACCUCGUAGUUGACUUUUAUCCGUAUUUGCCUCAUUCAAAGAGAAAGAUGUCGGUACCAGACAUCUAAAUCACAGUCUUUUUUCUUCGUUUUCUUUUACUUCGCAUGACUGGGGAACCGCCGUAGUGUUUACUGAGACUAUUGCUCGCGAUUCAAAAUAACGCGAUGACAAUGAAAAGUACGAAUGCUGAACUCAACGAGUCCUUGGCGGCUGGAAAACGUGACUCGGGGAAUUUGAAUAUUAUUAUUUAGACGAUAUAAUUUUAAUUCAUGUUGAUAGCUUCUAUAAUCAGCAGGAGUACCUCUAAAAAAUAAAGGUUGCAUGAGAAAGAUAAGUGUCCGUGCG